ACAUGCUCAGAUUGUCCCUCUCUUUGUGCAGUAGAAACUACGAUUAUGCACCCAUGCUACUUUUUCCCACAACAAACAUUCGGAAAAUGAAAUAGCGAUGAAUGCGGAAUUGUUUUAAACAAUGUGGUUAUUAUUUACAAAAAAAAUACUUUGAGCUGUUGGGGUUUGUCCUGGAUAACGCUAAAAUUCGUGUCAACAAUCUAGCCAACUUCAUAGCCUCCCUCGGCAGUCUGCGCUAACGUUAGCGAAAUGUAUUUUCCUGGGAGUGUUAAGCGUUCAUAUAUACAGUCAUUGGUCAAGUAAGAUAUCUAGCUAGUUAUUAAAGUAAUUUAUAUCAAUCGAUGUUAGUAUUUAUCUAGCUAACUAGGUAGCUAUAAGAUAGCAACUCACCAGAAGACAUUCCAAAGAUUCGUAUGAGAAGUCGUCAUCCCUUCUCAAGAUGUUUGCAGAGCUCAACAGUAUUCUCAAUACUAGUCCCACCAACUUCAAGGCGGGAGAGUUUAUCUUGGUGUCUGACAAACAGACAGACGCGUCCUUCCUCAUUCACCAUUUCCUCUCCUUUUAUUUACGAGUGGGCUGUAAGGUGUGUUUCCUGGGUCUUGUGCAGUCCUUCAGUCACUACAGUGCAAUUAGUCAACGAUUGGGUGUGAGUUUGGCCCAGGCAAGGGAGAAAGGGCAGCUGGUGUUCACAGAGGGACUAAAGGAAUCCUUGGGGGUACUGCUUCAGGGGGAGUCCAGCAAAGGAACCCGGGCAGUGGACUUCCUCAGAGACCCCAGUUCUGGCCUACAGGGUCUAUAUGACUUUGUGCGGGACAAUGUAAGGUUGGCAGUAGGGGGAAGUGGUGAGGAGUGGGGUCCCCCUGUGCUCCUGGUGGAUGACCUCAGUGUGGUCCUGAGUCUGGGGGUCAGUGUUGGGGCAGCGCUGGACUUCAGUCAUUACUGCAGAGCCACUGUCUGCUCUGAGCUGCAGGGCAGCAUGGUGAUGUUGGUGCGAUGUGAGGCAGAAGAAGAGGAGAGUGAUGAUGAACGCUCAGAGUGGCUCCUGAGGGGCCUUAUACACCAGUGCAGCCUCACACUCCAAGUACAGGGUCUCCCCACCGGCUACUGCAGGGACAUCCACGGACAAGUCAGAUGGAUUACAUUAUCUGUGUGGAAGCGAGGACAAUGUGACAGGCGGCCGACCCAGAAGAAACUCUUCCAAUACAAGGUCCACGACAAGGGGGCUUCCUUUUUCGCCAGGGGGACAUCCAGUGCAGUCCUUUAAGCCCUCGAUGGAUCCUUUCUGCCUCCCUUCCCAGUGUCGACCCCCAGUCCCUCACCUCUCAGUCACAUGGCUCUCUGAGGUCAACCAGAGAAUGAUAGAGGCCUCUAGUGGCCAAAAGGCUGUAUUAGCAUGGGCAGCUAUUGGGCCAUUGGGCUUCCAACAUUUUAAAAUAGUCAACCUCACGGAACUUCCAACUUCAUUGGCUGAUCCCUCCUGGUGACUCUGUUGGAAUCAAGUCCAACAGGGUCAUCAGGAGGGAUCAGCCAAUCGUGAAGAAGAAAAUUGAGAUUUUGCCUCUGGAGCUGCCAAUGCUGUUAUAGAGUUGUAAUGGCACAGCUAGAAAGAUGAGUCAUCUAUCUAUCUCUAUGGGCUCAACACACAUGUGGGAGGUUUGCAAUUUAGGACAACCAAAGUGCUGAAUUAUGGUCAUGAAACAGGUUGGGAUCAGUUUUGAACUGGAGAUGUGGUAUUGAAUUGAACAUUGGAUUUCUGCAUUAGAACCAACCCGACACAUGCAUUGCAAAGCUGACAUAGGAAGCCUGGGUGAAUAGGUAAUUUCUCAAGCGACAAUGGAACUUACCUAACUAGGUUGGACUUUUGUUAUACAAAACAAUAAAAAAAUAAACAGCACAUUUAAGACAAA